AUGGCUAGCCAAACUUCCAUCACUGCCGUCCAAGGCUCAAUUACUUUUGAUGUCAACCUCCCUUCCUCUUCCACUUCCACAACUCAAACAUCCCCAGCCGAACAAUCCUCCCUCUCAAGCAACCGCACCCAAACCUACACCAAUAAUCCUCAACACUCUACCACCUACGCAUCGCCUACCCUUGCGUACAACGGUGAUCAGGCAGCAGCCACCCAGUACUACACCGCCGCUGCUAGAAACAGCAUCCAAAACUUCGAUGCGGCUUUCAACGGCAAUGGCGGUGGGCAAUAA